AUGAUCCGGCUGGCGAAGUCGGCGAUGCUCGACCUACGGGCGGGGAGAAGUGCGGCGGCGGCGGAAGGGACCAUUGAUGGAACACAUGUCUUGGCUAGAGUUCCUAAGAGACAUAGAGCAGCUUUCAUGGGCAGGAAGCAUACUACCACCCAAAAUGUCAUGGAUGUAGUUGAUUUGGACCUAAGGUUUUCUUAUGUGUUAGAUGGCUGGGAAGGAUCAGCUCAUGAUGUUAGAAUCCUAGCUCAUGCAUUGGAGAAGGAUGAUGGUCUUAAGGUACCAAUAGGCAAGUUCUACCUAGUAGAUGUUGGUUAUGUAGUCAGGUCUGGGUUCCUGCCUCUCUACUAA